AUGAGGAUGCUCCUAUUGAAGCUGAACCAUACCAUCAGCGACCUAAUCGAUCAUGGUUCAGAGGUAAAUCCAGGUCUUAUUAUCCUAGGUAAUAUAGGUCACCAACUUUACUACGUAAAAUACGAUGAGAGGAAUAAUACUACUGAUGAUGAUCACAAGGGGCAGUGCAUUCCAAAAACACUUGGAUUGGGAGAUCAUUCUCUCAAUCGAACUCAGGGAAUGUCCAAGAGUUCUCUAGUUGGUUCCUGCAAUGGUUUGAUUUGUUUAGCUGAACUUAACAUAAAGCGUGGCCUCCGUGAUCUCAUCCAUAUUUGUAAUCCCAUUAUUAGAGAAUGUUUGUAUCUCCCACGAUGUAACGAAAAUAUUGAGUACUAUGAUGUUGGUAGCAGUAUACUCGGUGGAUUUGGUUAUAUUUACCAAACCAACGAGUACAAGGUUGUUAGAAUCUUAUACAACGACUGUUCUGAAAGAGGAAAUUUACAAGUAUACACUCUUGGUGGUGGUGGUGGAGGACCUGGCGGUGGCAGUGGGUGGAGAAAUAGAGGGGUAAUCAGACGCAAGUUAUCUGCAGAACAUGGUGUCUUUGCUAAUGGAUCUAUUCAUUGGUUAAGUUUUAAAGGUAAAGACAUAAUGGCCUUCAAUUUGUCAGAUGAAAAGUUCCAUGUCCUCCCUAUGCCACCUGUUUUGGAGUCUAAUUGGAAGUACAAUUCUGUUCUUGAAUCAUUUGGAGAAUGGUUGUGUGUUAACGCCUGUGGAAGUACUCCAAGUUGUUUAGAUAUAUGGACUUAUAAGCAGACAUCUUCGGAUAAGAAUAUUGCAGCUUUGGAUAACAAGGAUGAGACAUGGAGCUGGUGUAAGGAAUUCAGUAUAACUCUAGAAAGUUCGUCAUACAUUUGGCAUUAUAGGCCAUUCGCUGUUACCAGGAGAGGUUUGGUUCUUCUCAAGUAUAAGCAUUCUAAUCACCCUGCACAUGAAAGUUAUCCGUAUGCGGAUACACUCUUUUGUUAUCAACCGAAAACUGCAACUAUGAAAAGACUUGGGAUUUGGGGUUUCUUUAAAGCGACUCCUCAUACAAACAGCUUAGUUUCACUGGAAGCUUCAGAAGAAACAACAUGUAAGAACAGAAAGUGUGACGAAGGAUUGGCUAGCCUUAUUCCUUCGAAAAGCUAA